UUUAUUGCUUAUUGCUGUAAGCUAUGUUAAAUCAACACAAAAUGGAAAUGAUAGGGUUAGCAGUUUCUCUUACAUUUCUUCUCUUUGCCUCAAUAACACGCACAGAGUCGUCGCCUAGGCAGCUCAAUACGGAAAAUAUCCUGAUUAACGUGACAACGGGGACAUUGGCGGACACACAGCUACGGGAUUCAAACAACUUGCAGAUAAACUUAAACAUUUCGGUGAGUGAAGAGCAGGUGUUGGUCAAUGACAUCCCAGUAGAGCUGUCAGGAGUCACCAGGUUUAACUGUCAAGCACUUCUCUUGGACAGCAUUAAUGGAAGCAGUGAGUUUGAAUCUGGGGAUCUGGUGUCCACUGUCACCCGGGUGAUGGUCAGCCAGAACCGGCUAUACAGUGACUCAGAGGAGGUGGUGGCUCUGCAGGUGUUCAGUGAAGUAAUAGAGAUGGAGGGCAAAGAGGUCCAGCAGCCUGACAUGUGUGAGGUGAAGAUACUGAUGAGCCCAGAUUUCCAGAAGCUAGCUCAGUUUACCAACAUCUACCCCAUCGGACACAGUGAGAUCUUCAGGGUUCCCCGGGAGAAUGAUGUGGUUGUCACAGAUCCACCAAAUCAUAGAAAAGAUGAAGAUCAGCUGAUGUCCCAGACAACCAGCCAGUACCCCCUGAAGCACACAGAGACCACCCAGGAAGAAACUGCAGCUCCCGGAAAGCUUCCAGAGACACCUUUGCGGAUGGACCCUGACCUGCUGUAUGAUGUCCGAUAUGAUGAUGAAUUUGAUGACAGAGAGCCCAGCCAGCUGGAUCAGAUUCAGAUGGAAACUCCGCCCAAAGAAUUUAUAUCAUCUUACUCUGCCAUGUGUCAGUGGGUGGAACAAGUGAGGGAGCGUCUCAGGCACUUCUGCUCCGAGUCCCUGCCUCUAUUCUUCCUGGUUAUGUGGGUGGUGGUGAUUGGCGUUGUCGGAUCAGCAGUCAUAGUCAAGAUCUUGGACAUGUUCUUCCCAACUUGUGAACACAAGCACAUUUUUCACCUAAACCCUGUCACUCUAAUGCCAGAAGAUGAGAAGCACACACUGUUGGAGAACAUAGAAAUAGAAGCAGAGGAAGAAGAGAAGAAGCCGUGAAUGAGGAUUGAUUGACCAGCUCCUUCAUUUCCAGUUUGUUCUUCAACCUUGGUUGCAUUGUGACAUUUUCAGCAAGGCCUGGUUUGGGCCCUAGAUUAUGUUCAGAUUUGUGAUUCACUAGCUUUUCACUUGCCAUGGAACAGGAUGUGGUUUAAGACCGACUAAACCCAGUUUGCUGCUAGUCCAUUUGAAUCCCUUAAAUUUAGUCCCGUGAUCAUAGUAGAAAACAAAGUUAAUGGUUCAUACUGCUGAAUCUCAGCUGUGUAGGUGUUGUGGUGAAGUCUGUUCCCCUGUUGAGACACAUUACCCUUUCAUUAAAAUUGUGUUUCCCGUAGCACACACCCCACAUCUCGAUGGGGGAACGGACUGUCAGCUGUCAGAUUAAAUUUUGUUUUAUCAUAACUAUAUUUAAAAAUACAAGUCACUCUCACCUUCAGGUCCAUUUGGUAGCUGCUGUUUAUAAAGAUCUCCUGAUAUGGUCCACAGCUUUGCAACUAAGUAAAGGAUUAGUUUUGUGAAUUUAGCAAAAUGCACUUAUUAGAGUUCAAUGAGAAGAUCAGUACCAGUCUUAUGUCCAGCAAAAAACUAUUUAUCUUAGUUUUAACACAAAGCCAGAAAAAAGGGAAACGGCUAGUCUGCAUGACAUAUUGAAUCUUUGAACUAUUUGGAAUGUUUUGUAAAUUUAUUAAAAAUAGAAGACUGAAUUAUCCCAUUUACAGUAGUUUUCAGACCCUUGGUUAAAGCACCUUUGGCAACAACAACAGCCUGAAGUCUUCUUGACAAUGAAGCUGCAAGCUUGGCACCCUUCUUUUGGAAUUUUCCUCCAUUCUUCUUGGUAGAAUCAGUCAAGGUCAGCCAGGUUGGAUGGGCAGCGUGGUGCACAGGCAUUUUUCCAGAGAUGCUCUCUUGGGUUUAGGUCCGGACUCUGGCUGAGCUGCUCCAUGACUUUACAGAAUUUCCCUGAAGCCACUCUGUGAUUUCUUGGCCGUAUGCUUGGGGUCGUUGUCUUUCUGAAAUGUAAACUUUUGCCCCAGCCUGAGAUCCUGAGCAUUCUGGGGAAGGUUUUCAGUCACGAUUGCUCUGUAUUUCCUAAUUAUAUGCAGUGCAUAUGAUCAAGCUGUACAAGCAUCUCAAUGACCACUGAUAGGAGCAGGAUGCACCAGAGCUUAAUUGCAAGUGUCCUAACAAAAGGGUCUGAAUACUUAUGUAAAUAGGAUAGUUCACUCUUUUAUUUUUAGAAAAUGAA